UGCCGCAGCCUGUGGCGGCAGCAAUGGCGGCGGCCGUGGGGCCGGGGCCGGAGCCGGAGCCCGAGCAGGGGGACCCGCUGUGGAGCUUCGUGCGGGUUCUGGAGAAGCGGGAUGGGACAGUGCUUCGACUGCAGCAGUACGGCUCCGGAGGCGUGGGCUGCGUUGUGUGGGACGCCGCCAUCGUCCUCUCCAAGUACCUGGAGACGCCGGGGUUUUCUGGCAACGGGGCCCACACGCUGAGGCGCCGCUCCGUGCUGGAGCUGGGCUCGGGCACCGGGGCUGUGGGGCUCAUGGCCGCGACCCUCGGGGCAGAUGUUGUAGUCACUGAUCUUGAAGAGCUGCAAGACUUGCUGAAAAUGAAUAUUAAUAUGAACAAGCAUCUUGUGACUGGUUCUGUUCAAGCCAAGGUACUGAAAUGGGGGGAAGAACUAGAAGACGCGACUUCACCAGACUACAUAUUGAUGGCUGACUGCAUAUACUAUGAGGAGUCCUUGGAACCAUUGCUGAAAACAUUAAAAGAGCUCAGUGGACCCGAAACUUGUAUUAUAUGUUGCUAUGAACAGCGUACAAUGGGGAAAAAUCCAGAAAUUGAGAAGAAAUAUUUUGAGCUCCUCCAAUUAGACUUUGACUUUGAGGAAAUCCCUUUGGACAAACAUGAUGAAGAAUACCGAAGUGAAGACAUUCAUAUUAUAUACAUCAAAAAGAAAACAUCAGUACAAACUGCCAUCAUGAAACCCCUUUCCAUCUUAUCCAUGCCCCUGCCAUCCCUCAUAAGGUAAAGAUGUGAAUGGAGCAUGUGCACACAGCAUGGGAAGAUUGCAUUUACAAUUUCUCCAGCAUGCCCUUAGAGAUCUGGCACUUGGAUGACAACCACCAUGGACUGCCCACAGUGUGAAACAUCUCCCUGCAGUGGGCUCGAAAUCCAACUUAGGUUCUGUAGCUCAGCACCAAGCUCUGCUUAAAAGAAACACUGGGAUCACUCAAAAAAAAUAAAUUGAGGUUAGCCUCAAGUCUGAAGCAGCAUGGUUGACUCAGUGCAUUUUCAAGAAACUAGAGAUAAGUCGAUCCAAUUUCUAAUGAUAUCUGUUACUGUAUAGUAAUGUUUAAGGGCUCCAGACCAUCCUGGUCUACAGAGUGAGUUCCAGGCAUAAUGAGACCUUGUCUCAACAAAGAAAAGGAAAGGGGAAGAGAGGAAGACAGACUAGAGAUAAUGACCCAAUUAGUAAUCAUAGUUAUAUCUUACUGUGUAAUGUUUAACUUGGAAGUGGUAAAUUUUAAUUUGUCUUUCAAGAAAAUUUCAAAGACAGUCACAUUUUACGUAGUUGUGCAGUAGUGAUUUUUUUCCUUACAUUUUAAUACUUACAUGUUCUUUUAAAAGAAACUGAAACUACUGUCUUGCGUCUCUACUGGCCGUAGUUUUCUUUGCCCCCAUCACAUGUUGGUUUCGAGAGGUCAGGGUGCUUACUGUAGUGAGUCACUAGACGGACGCUGUGUCCGAAGGACAGUGCGAGAAAAGAAUGUGUUCACAUGGUUCAGCAGUUCUCUUGUGUCUGCCUUCCAAGAAAAUCUGGUUUUAAAACACGAAUAUUAAAGGCAUCGUGUUUACACAAAACUGAUUUAUUCUUCAACUAAAAAUUAGUUCAGUGCACACUUAUCAAUUGCUUUUUACUGUGUUUUCUCCAAUUUUUGUUCCAAUAAUCAUCUGCUCACAUGGACUAAUCUGUCAAUGACUUGAACAACAACACCAGUUCCAAAAAAGUAGUAACCAGAUGGAAUUCUGGAAUUUACAGUCGUGGGUGCUAGAUGGCGCAUUUCAUUUGUUGAUGAAAUAAACAUCAUUUUUGAAA